CCGUGUAAGAGUGAGGUGGAGGAGGACGCUCCAGGAGAUGUCACCACAGAAAAUUCCAGCAAGAAUUCUGAGGGAAAGUUCAUGUUGUCGUUAAAUUAUAAAGCUGAAGAUGAAGACAUCAUGCAGCGCUCUGCAAGGGAAAACCUCAUUACCGUUAAUGUAUAUCCAGGACUUUACAGUGCAGAUCUAUCAUAUAAUCCCCUUAAUCAUGAGGAACCUUCUCCUGACCAAUCGCACAAUAUAACCACACAUACAAAUCUGAAAGGAAGUGAAAGAUUUCAUUGUGGUAAAGAGUUCACAAAAAGCUCAGGUUUUCCUACACAAAGAAGAAUUCACGCAGGAGAGAAAGCAUAUCAAUGUUCAGCAUGUGGGAAAUGUUUUACAUAUAAAUCAUAUCUUGUUACACAUGAGAGAAUUCACACAGGAGAGAAGCCGUAUUCAUGUUCAGAAUGUGGGAAAUGUUUUACAGUUAAAUCAAAUCUUGUUACACAUCAGAAAUUUCACACAGGAGAGAAACGGUAUUCAUGUUCAGAAUGUGGGAAAUGCUUUACACAAAAAUCAGAACUUGUUACACAUGCGAGACGACACACAGGAGAGAAGCCGUAUUCAUGUUCAGAAUGUGGGAAAUGUUUUACACAGAAAUCAGCUCUUAUUACACAUGAGAGAAGUCACACAGGAGAGAAACCAUAUUCAUGUUUAGAAUGUGGGAAAUGUUUUACAUAUAAAUCAAAUCUUGAUACACAUGAGAGAAGUCACACAGGAGAGAAACCGUAUUCGUGUUCAGAAUGUGGGAAAUGUUUUACAUAUAAAUCACAUCUUGAUACACAUAAGAGAGGUCACACAAGUGAGAAGCCUUAUUCAUGUUCAGAAUGUGGAAAAUGUUUCACAGUCAAAUCAAGUCUUGUUACACAUGAGAGAAUUCACACAGGAGAGAAACCGUAUUCAUGUUCAGAAUGUGGAAAAUGUUUUACACAGAAAUCUAAUCUUGUUACACAUGAGAGACGACACACAAAAGAAAAGCCAUAUUCAUGUUCAGAAUGUGGGAAAUGUUUCACAGUUAAAUCAGCUCUUAUUACACAUGAGAGAACAAAUUGCGUUAUUCAUUGA